GAAAUUUUUUAGCAUCGCGGCUGAACUCACCCACAUCUUUUUGGAGAGGUUUCGCUUAAAAAACCCUUCCCAAAUAUUUUGAAAAAAUACUAGAAGCUGGACUAGUCCUUUGGUGGUACAAGCAAUCUCGGAUAAACUGUGGCAUUAUUCACCCGUUUCCAAAGGUUUUUUCCAAGAGACUGUUUAAUAAGAGAUCGCGUCAAAAAAGUUUUCAAAUUCUCAAGUCUUAACAGCGUCGUCAAGGUUAUUUGCAAGCUUUGGCGACGCUUCUCAAGAAUUUACCUGUAUUUUUAAUCAAGGCAGGUUUGAAUAUUAUUUUCUUUUUUAGACACAUUUUUAUCGCAGUUUAAAUGAAACUAUGCUUUUCUCUUCUAUUCACAGAGGAAAUCAGUGCGAAAGAACUAUAUCGCUGUCAAAAUUCCUCAAUUUUUUUUGCAGAGCAAAUUUAUGAUUUUACACCUACCUUUUUGCUGUUUUUUUAUAACCUUUCCAUUCAAAGAACGCUGCACCGUGAAUAAAGCCAUAUCCUAGUUUUCAGUGCGAUUCGUUGUUGAUAAAUUAUAACUAAACCCCUUGUCCAUCAAUGAAUGGUUCCUCUACUGAUUUAGCGGUUGGUUCCUCACGAAAAAUGCUACCCUUACGUGAAAGUUAGGGGUCUGUCUGGAGCACAGGCUACCUCCUCCAGGCGCUUGUGGUAUGCAGGGACGUAAAAAAGUGGCUAAUUUUGGAGGGUCGUGGAAGGUUGAAAAUUCCAACUUUGCCUGAUGAAUUUUUUCUUUCGACCUGUUAAUCUUCUGUACCUACUAAAUUUAUUUGUAAAUAGCCUUAUUCCAGAUUUUUGGGUUCUGUAUAAUUACCAACAUUUUACUUAAAAUAAUUAGUAAAAAGCGUAAAGACACUAAAGAAGAUAAAUGUCAUCUUUAAAUUUUGAUUAACUUAACACGAACAUUUAAUCUUUUCGUAAGAUAUAAAGCAACAUCAAAGCCAUACCAGUCUAGAUCUUGGAUAUGUUUAAUGAUAAACAGUAAUAUUCUUUCAAGUCAAUUAACAGCAAUUCUGUUCAUUUUCUGCUUGAUCAGUUUUAUAUAAAAUAUCUUUUUAACAAUAUAGAAGCUUCAAGGAAUUGACCAUUUCAUCUUUUGUUCUUGAUCGAAGGACAAUUUUUACAAUUUUCAAAGGGCUAAAUGUCGUUUGUUUUUUGGAACUGAAAAGGGUGAUCUGAGGGCAAAACACUCUUCUUUGAUCAAAUACUUCUACUGCAGCUUCUUUGAUCAAUGUUUUGUGGCUUCUUAUUAGCAUUAUCAUAGCAAUUUAUGAUAAGAUUCAAGGAGGUCUACAAAGUGCAGGGAGAGCUUAGGAUACACCCGUUAAGAAGCGUUGAGAAUUUCUAGCAAUGAAAGAUUUUUAAUGUUUUCAAUUGAAUUGGCUACUCGUUGUUUCUUAAAAAAUUCAAACUUUCAAUUGUUCUGAUCAAUACAGGGAAUGAUUUUUCAAAACUUCAGGCUCAAUCAAUACUGAUGGUAAAAUUUAAACUUCUUAUCCAGAAAUUCACCUUGCCUGUUCAAAAUAAUUUAAUUCAACUUAACCCCUUGUCAAAAAGGAAACAAACGAUGCAAUGGUGCAAUUUGUGAUCCAGUGGAGACAGGUCUUCGCAAUUAAAAACGAUUAGAAGAUGUGCCUGCUCCACAGUUUGAAUUUGAAUAGGCUCUAAGAUUUUUACAAUUGAAAUCCCAAAAUCCUUAGCUAUAAAAUUCACAUAUUUGGUCAUAAUAGUUAGAAAGAAUUCCAAGUGAACUUUUAAGUUUUCCAACUGCAAUUGGAUUUGCCAUCCUUUCACGCCCCCUGCACCCCCUAUUAUUUACGUGCCUGGUGGUAUGAAAAAGGCGAGCAGGAUCCUCGCGAAAAAUUUCUCUAAGAAAAGUAUUGAAAAGUAGAAAAAGUCAAUUCAUGGUGCGACGCAGCCCCCCGAAACGCUAGCUCUUUGUUGGAGCAGCUCUACAAUUUGCAACAAUAUCUGUCGUUUUUUCAGUAGAAAUGCUUAGCUAAGCAAAUUCCUUCAUGCUUCGAAAGCAAAAUCUGUGCAUUCAAACAAAUCUUAUCAAACGGGGAAAACCCGCAUAGAAUAGGUCAUUACCUACAACAUCCGGGUUUUUCUUUUUUAUUUACAAAGCUGUAAACCUCACCAAAGUGUGAGGGGUGUGGGGGGGGGAGCUGUCGCGCCCCCCCCCCCAACUUUCAGAAAUGCACCGGUAUAUUUACAUUCUUAACAAAAUGAUUUUGUGCCAUAUGAAACAAAAGAAUUUCUAUCGAUAAAAUUUGGUUUUGCAUCUCUCACACCCUUCCCCCCUCCAGUGAGAAAGGUCACGCUACGCCACUGGGCGUAUUAAUUGCACACUACGGUCUUUUUCUUCUGAAACACCAGAUAUCUCGAGUCUGUGUGACCCUCGGAAAAUUUAUCCUGUUUUUUCCCUCUAACCGUCCUGUAUCCAUUCCUACCGCUUUGGACUUGGUUGCUUCUUUCCGGCAUGGACUUGGCACUUCCCUUGCCACACGGCAGAAAAAUCUUUUAUUACAAGCCUAAGUUCCAAAAAGAGGAUGUCAUGGAGCAGCUAAAAGCAUUUGACUGUUUUCGUUAUCCCAUUGUUCUAAUUUCUUUCUUCAUUCUAUUGACUAUGUUCAAACACGUUCAGGCACAAUGUACCGGCAAAUGUAAGCUAUGCGAGGUCAAUUAAUGUCAAUAUACAUUCUUUGUAGAGGAGCUUUAUUCUUGAGUAACAAUAACUUUUUGUUUCAAUCUAAAGACCUCCAUUAUGGCAGCACCCGUCGAAGAAUACGGCUGUAAAUAUCAUAAGUUUCGUAGUAACAUGUUCAGGUCUCUAUAUAGCCAUUUGCCACUAUCGUUUUUCGCGUGCGUCUGCACUUUCGAACAAGCCUUGCCGCUGAUUUCUUGAACUGGAUCAUUCAAAAUGGCCGACCAAAAAAGAGGUUCGAUAAAAAUACGUGAAAUGGCUCUCAGGGUGAAAAUUGUCAAAGUCACCGAGCUCGAUGCAAAGGCUGAUAGAUUCAUGGACAUUGUGUUCAGAGGAGUUCCUCAUUUGACUAAAGUUGCUAAGAAUUCUUGUGGUGAUGUAGUCUUUGACGAGGAUUUCAGCUGGCCUCUAUCCUCUCCAAUUGUCGAAGACGAAUUUUUAGAGUUGCAUUUAUACCACAAAAGCCUUUUCUUUAGUGACAAACUCUUCGCUGCGUAUAAGUGCCAAAUUUCUUCUCUAAUAGAUGGCCAAGUUUUGGAACUCGUUGAUAAUCUUGUUGAUUUAUACAAUCGCUCUAUUAAGUCUGAAAUAACACUGGAAAUCGCAUACGAAGAACCUAAGAAGCAAGAUGACCAUGUGGUUCAUAUCGAAUUAUUGGAGGAAGACAGUGAUGUUGAAGAAAAUAAAGUCCUUGUGAACGAUUUCUUGGAUGUCCCUCUCGGUGCCAUGAAGAAACCAACGACCUCGCACUUCGGAUCAUCUGGCACAACAAGCAGUCACGCAGAAAUUAAAAGUGGAAUUGCAAGUCACGAGGGAAGAACAGAGAUCACUGACUGCCUUGAAGGAAAGGAAGCGUUUCAUCCAAGAAUACGAUUGCCUAAACGUAAGAGCACAAAAUUUUCACAGUGGCAGGUGCAAGUCAAGAUUAUCGAAGGCAAGGGACUGAAUGGGAUGGCAAUCGAUCCAUUUGUUGACAUUGCCAUUGGAGACCAGAAGAAACAUACAACGACAAAACCGCAUAAUAACAAUCCAACAUGGGAUGAGUAUUUCGUAUUUGACUUCAAACUACCAAAGGAACAGUUAUUGGAUCAAAUCAUUAGCUUUCAGGUAAUUUCUGGACGCAGCCUUGUCUCACAAGGAACACUGAUUGGCCAAUUCAAGAUGGACCUUUGGACCGUUUACGAACAGUCAGGCCACAGUUUCUUCAGCAAAUGGGCGGUGCUUCUUACUCCAGAACCAAACGAGAUCAAAGGCUAUCUUCGUGUGGAUGUGUCCGUAUCCGGUAAAGGGGAACAUAUCAAGGUACCUCAACAGAUGAAAGAUAUCGACGUCGACAAAAAUUUGUUACUGCCCCCAUGCAUUCAAGCCCUACGAACUGUUGCACAAUAUUCCGUCAGAGUUUUUGCAGCACAAGGGAUUCCACGAAUGGAGAAUACAUUGAUGGCGAAUGUGAAAAAGGCUAUUACCGGGAAGAUAAGAGAUUUGGCAGAUCCGUAUGUCGAGGUCACCUUUGCUGGAUGCAAGGGAAGAACGAAAACAGUGAAAAAUUGCUACGAGCCCGAAUUCAACCAAGAAAUUGUGUUCUGGGAGUUUCUUAUACCAAUGUGUAGAAGGAUGAAAAUUCAGUUACGUGAUGGGGAUGAGGCAAUUGGAACACACUUCAUCGAUUUAAAAGAUAUUUCUGCGAUGGAGGGAGGCUUUGGUCGUGAUGGAUUUCCACCAAGUUUUGGGCCUUGUUGGAUUCAUUUGUAUGGAUCUUCAAGAGACUACAGCUUUUUCAAUGAAAACAACGAAUUAAACGAGGGAAUCGGAGAAGGGAUUUCAUAUCGAGGUCGUGUGCUUCUUGAAAUCAAAGUCAGUGAAUACGAACCUUGUGAGACGGGGGUUGUUGAGGUGAAGGAUAUUAAAAAUCCUGGUCCAGGUGUGAAGCGGAUGCCAAGAGAAAAGACCUUUCAACUUUUCAGCUGCUUUUAUGAUGCAUCGAUGAUCGAUAGAAGAGUCGGAGAGAGACCUGUUCAAUUUGAGAUAUCGAUAGGUGAGUUUGGAUUCAACAACGAAGAGAACUUUUCUAAGGAUACCAAAUCGAUUAAAAGCGCUAGGAGUGAGGAAGAGUUGAAUCUGUUAUUAUCGCCAAAUGAAGAGGAAAGCGAUUGCUUCACAAUUACAAAACCAGUUAAGCCUAUUGAUCAGUCAAAAAGGUACUGUACGAUGGACUGGGAAAACAAGAAGCCGUGCCUAAAUCUGAAAUUUAAAAUGUGUGACGAAAGAAUACGGCAUUACCAGCAUGCUAUGCUUCAGAAGCAGUAUGAUAUGCUUGAAGAUAACCUUGAUGAACUUGAUGAGCGUGUCAAAUUGGACCUUCCUGGAACCAAAGCUGUUGUCAAGACCGCACUGCAGGAGCUGAUGCUUGGUUGCAGGGUCCUGUUAAAAUCAAUGGACGACAAAAUGACAUUGGAAAUAAAAAACGAUCUAGACAUUGAACGCCUGGAACUUCGAAGGGACACUGUGCUCAUGAUAGGAAAGGAAGUUGACGAAAUGUUAAGAAACUCGAGCUCUGACAAAGAAUUAAUAUCCGAGAAAGUAGAUAAAAUGCGACAGUGCUUCCUGAAAAAAUUGGAAGAAAUCCUUGUCGAGCCUCAUCAUGGGUUACCCGACAUUUUUAUCUGGAUGUUGAGCGGUGGAAAGCGCGUGGCAUACGCGAGAGUUCCCGCAACCGAUGUCAUUUACUCUGACAAUGAUCAUGAAAGGGGAAAUUAUUGCGGCACCCCCAAAACGUUGUUUAUGAGGAUGGUUGGCAAGCGCGGGUCACCUGACAAAGAUUGGAUGGUACAUGCUAAAAUCAAUGUAAUGAUGUGGCUUGGGUUGGAGUCAGAGAAGCGGAAUCUGCUUAGAUACGCCCCACGCGGUUUCAAAUUGGCAAAUGACUGGGUUACACCGUUCCCUCCACCACCACGAACCAUCACUUACACAGAAAGCAACCAGUUUAUCCUGAGAGCCCACAUUUACCAAGCAAGAAGUUUGUUUGGCAGUGAUGACACCGGUCUUUCAGAUGCAUUUGCUCGUGUCAUCUAUUGUAACAAGGUGAAAGAGACUCGUGUGGUUUGGGAAACGAGGAGCCCAACGUGGGACCAGAUGUUGAAAUUCAAAAAUAUCACAUUAUGGGGAAAUGCGGAUGAGUUUUGCGUCUCGCCACCUAUUGUUGUCAUUGAGAUCUACGACAAAGACAAAAAUGGUGAAACAGAAUUCAUCGGUAGAUCACUAGCAAUGCCCGUUGUCAAACUUGCAAACCAGCCCUAUGAAAAGCCAUUCUUUCCGCCUAUUUUGCAAUGGUUUCCAAUCUGGCACGGCGAAGAAAAAGCAGGCGAUCUUUUGGCAGCCUUUGAGCUACUACAGGUUGGUGAUGAUGAGCUGUCAUUGCCCUACGACCCAGAACCUACUUCUAGUGGAACCGUUCCAAUACCACACGAGAUAAAACCUGUAACGAAAAAAUUCAGAGUUGAGGUAUUCUUCUGGGGUGUUCGUGAAAUGAAGCGUGUCAAAUACCUACAAGUCAGGCGACCACGUGUGGAUCUCGACUGCUGUUACAAAAUAAGGCAAAUCGAUAUCAAAACAGGGCGUCAUCAGGACAAAUACAAGCAGUCAAUUACAUCAAGUAUCUGUAAAAAUGCCAGUGUAAAUCCGAAUUUCGAGGACCCUGUUGUCGUUUUUGAUGUUGAUUUGCCAGAACAGAGGUACAUACCCCCCGUCACAAUCAGAGUGACUGACUGUCGUGCCUUUGGUCGUCAUGUUUUGGCAGGGUCAUACGUCAUCAACUCCCUCCAGAAGUAUAUUCAGAAACCAGAUGCUUAUAUAAAAAUGGUUGAAACAGAGCAGCUGUACACCAAAAAAUGUACGAACACAUCUGAACCAAAUGGAGAUGUUGCCAAAGUUCACAUCUUGCCCCCUGUCGUUAUUGCUUCUGAAACUAAACAAAAAUCGAAUAAUAAGACCCAGAAAAAGCGAGAGGAGGCUAUUGAUUGGUGGACCCGUUUGCACGUGACAAUCCGAGGUAAUGGUAAUGCGAUACCAAAUGGAGAUGCUACAAAUUGCGGGAAAGAUGGAGGAAGUCCCGCCGUUAGUAAAUUAGAGAUUUACGACUGUGAGCUAGAAAGGGUCAAAGACUUUCAAGGAUUCUUAGAUACAGUAGAGACAUUCCCAUUAAACAAAGGGAAAAAAUGUUCAGGUGGCGACGACGAUGAUGAUGAUGUUGACUGUAAGAGAUUUAGCGGGAAAUUCAAGGGUUGCAUUAGAGUAUGGAAAAUUGAAUGCCUACCUCCCGAUUAUAGUAGUCCAAACACCUUCAAGACAACAUUUAAAGACCACAGUUUGCCAAGAUACGAUCCAGUGAAAAUUUUAGUCAGAGUGUAUUGUAUUCGGGCUUUAGAUCUAAAACCAGCUGAUCCGAAUGGCAAGGCUGAUCCAUAUCUUGUAGUUAUUCUUGGUAGACAUAAAGUUAAUGACAAAAAGAACCUCGUCUCAAGGCAGUUGAACCCCGAGUUCGGAAGAAUGUUCGAAUUCGAAGGGGAGUUGCCGUUUGACAACCUCCUAACCAUACAAGUGAAGGAUUGGGAUCUAAUGUCGAUGGAUGACUUUAUCGGAGAGACGAAAAUUGACAUUGAAAACAGAUUUUAUAGUAAACAUAGACCAAGAUGCGGCUUGCCGUUGUCAUACGAUCAGGUUGGGUGUUGCAAAUGGCGGGACUCGGAAAAACCAAGAGAAAUUUUAGCUAAACUUUGUAAAAAGGAAGGAAUCCCAAAACCAGUCUAUAAAGAUGGGGUUUGUGAAAUUGGAGGUAGAAAAUUUGUGGCUAGCAAGUUCUACAAAGAUGAGAGAGGAAAUCCUAUACUAUCAGACGAACCGGCCGCAUUGCAUGCCUUGAGAAAUUUCCACCAUGUAGAAAAGGGAUACCGCCUCGUUCCGGAGCACAUUGAAACGAGAGACCUUUAUCGUCAAGAUAAACCCAAGAUAAAACAAGGCAGCCUCCAAAUGUGGGUCGACAUAUUCCCCAUGGAAGGGCCUUCACCUGGCCCACCAGUAGACAUAACUCCAAGAAAACCAGAGGAAUUCGAACUAAGGGUGAUCGUUUGGAACACAGAUGACAUACCCCCGGCUGACACCAAUAUACUAACAGGAAUCCCAAGCAGUGACAUCUACGUUAAGGGAUGGUUAGAGGGGUCAAUCGAUGAUAUUCAAAAGACAGAUGUGCAUUACCGAUCUACAGAUGGAAACGGGAUGUUUAACUGGAGAUUCGUAUUUCCAUUUUUGUACCAUCGUGCUGAGGAAAAAUUUGUUACUAAGAAAAAGGCAAGUAUUAUUGGGUUUGAUGAAUGGGAAGAAAAACAUUGUCCGCUGCUUCAUUUUGAAGUUCUCGAUGCCGAUGUUUUCAGUUCAGAUGAUAUGAUAGGUGAAUUGACAUUGAAUAUUACAAAAAUCCCUCCACCUAUGAAAGCUGCAAAGCUGUGCAAGCUGGAAAUUAUGGAAUGCAAAGAAAACGUGUCCUCAUUGGUGCAAAGCGGUGCAAUGAGAGGCUGGUGGCCGAUAAAAGGGUAUGAUGAAAAAGAGAACCUUUGUCAAAGGGGUGAGGUUGAGCUAGAAUUUGAAUUGCUGAAAAAGGAUGAGGCAUCAGUGAACCCUGCUGGCAGGGGAAGAGAUGAGCCUCAACCUUUAGCAAAACCAAAUCGACCUGCAGACAGCCUGAAUCUGUUCAUGAGUCCACUGAGAAUGCUCCAACUACUGCUGUGCAGUCACAAGAAAUGCAUCAUUAAGUUUUUUGUUGUCUGUUUGCUGAUCAUACUAGUUGCCCUGUUCUUCUAUUCUAUGCCCGGAUACACUGUAAAAAAGAUUUUUGGAGCAUGAAAGACAUUGGAUCCAACAUUCAUGAUUACUUCAUUUAAUAACCUCGGUGAAGUUACGAAGCUAGUCGCUUCGAGAAAAGAGUAAAAGCAACAGCUAUGUUUGAAUACAAACCACUUCACUCAAGUUCUAAUCUCUUGAGCAACCUAUGCCAAGAAACGUGGUGGCGGAUGCAUUUAGAAAUUAUACCACAAGGAACAAGAUAGCUUUUUUAAUUAUGACGCAGUCACAGCUUAAAAGGUAUGCAUAUUCUUCUCUGGUGCCUAAGACCCCUUAUUGGAAAGGCCCUUUAAAGGACAUGUGCCUAUUCGACCAAGGACUUAGUUAUUUGGUCUAUGCGUGGGGGAGCAUUUGAGGCGGCUGAAACGCUCAAAUUGCUCCAAAAAAAGUUAUGAAAUUUAUAAAAGUUAUGGAGUCAUCAAAGGCCAACGCUGUCUAAAAUAUUGAAGAAAAUAAAUGCCUUACACAUUCCUCAUGCUGUGAAGAUAUCCAUAUAUAAUAUAAGUAGAUUUAUUUAUUUUGUUGCGUUUGAUCAAUGUUAUAUUUGCCCAAGUUGCCAGUAAUGCUUUAUCUUGAGCCCUGGUCAAACUAACUGAACUUUUCAUUGAGUAGCACGCAAUUCAUUACACUUUGUUGCUGUGUGAUGUUUGGCCACAGAUUGUUAUUUUGCGUUGCUUGGUGAGAGUAGGGACGAAUACCACAUUCUACUGUCACACAACAUCAAGAAGAACGCUGACGAAGUGCAAUGAUUCACUGAAGAUCUCUCAUAAUUCAACAAGGAUUGUGCACCGCCCAACAUCACUGAACAGUUAAAGAACGGCUGCCAAUCCUAAAUUCAAAAUUGCACUAACCAAGUAAACCUGGUGCUGCUUCAGUUUAUUUGACCAGGGCUUCUGAAGAACUUGCUUAUAAAUUUCGAAGAGUAGACUCUUUCCACUGUUGUUAAAUCAUAAUUGCAAUAAUGACGCCAUUUGGUAAUUGGUUUCAAAUUUCUAAUCAAUGCAUUUUUGUAACACUCUGAAACAAUGACUAAUUUGUAUACUUCAAAGAUAAUAAUAUUUGAACUCAGUUACUGUAUCUUGUUAUAUUAUAUGUCAGUCAAUGUCUUUUAAAUACUGUGUAUCAAACUCCAAGGAUAUAGCAUGUAGGUAGAGUAUAGAGAAUAUACACCAUCUCCCUUUUUAAAAUCGUUGCACGAAGUAUAAAUAUUUGUAUUGUGCCCUUGAGUUAUAAAAUGUGCUGCUUUGGCAUUUGAAGGGCGUUUUAUGCUCUGAAAAUUAUCUUUUUGUAGAACACUGUUUCGUUUGUAUAAGUGUAGUGUAGACCUAUGUUAAAUUGAACACGAUAUUACCCAAUCAAUUGUCCACUAAUGGAAGAAAUCGAACUAAUCAUAGUGUGCCUGGUUGGAGAACGGAUGUUGUGUCAAUUCCCCCAAACCUUUAUGCUCUUUCGAUUUCAAGUCUUCAAUUCAUCCCGACCUUGGUCGCAUUAUGCUGUUAUAAAUUUUUCCAUCAUAUUUCCAAACCUCAACACAUGCCUAAUAGCAUGCCCCCAAUAAUCAAACAUCCCCCUUCCCCCUUUUAGUGGCAGAAACAGCAAAAUGAAAAUCUGAGAAGGGGUGCAAGAUCUCAACACCGUCUCUCCUUGAUGUUAGGCAGGCUCGAUCUAACGAUCUAACUCAAUUAUUUAGAUUUACAUUUUUUCAAAUCAAUAAAUUCGUGUCGAUGUAAUUAUAUAAAAGUAUAUUUAGAAUUUCUAAUGCGGUCAAUUGUGUAACGAUUUAUCAAAGCAGCAAAUUAUAAUUUCACAAUCAUUUUAAAAGUGUCUAGCGAUGUUGAGGCUUUUUAUACGUCUUUAUCUGUAAUUGGUAAAUUUUUGGAAAAGGACUGGCUAGAUAAUCGUUUCGAAUAGCCAUAACUGCUCCUCCUCAGUAUGCUUACCCACGAUCAUCUCCCGCGGAGGAUAUUUUUGGGAAUUAUUAAAGAGUUAUGCCCCUUUCAGCCCCGCUUUCACUGUCCUUGGUUUACAGUAACGGUUAGUUUCUGACUUGGGGAAGAAGACACUAAGAAAGAAGUUCCCACAUCCUACAUCAAGCCAGGUGUUGAGGACACAUUUCCUUUUCAUAAAAAUUGAAGAUUGGACGUUGGUGCAUCAUCACAAGUCGCUACACCUACCAAUUUUAAGUCCUACUUAAAAUUCUGGGCAGGGGAUUGACAUGAAAAGCUCACCUUUCCUACCAAGGAGUCAAUGCACCAGACCUUAGACACGUAAUUCACGAGAGGGGAAAUAAAACAUUAACUUGCUGAAAAAGCCGAGUCUAUCUGAAAAAGAACUGGGAAUAGAAUCCUGGAUGUUUAAGUCCUAACCCCUAAGAGAUCAAGGUAAUAAACAUGGAUUCUUGAGUGAGAAGCAGGAGAAGAGAACAGCAUGGACCCAAACUGCAGAGCCCCUACUUCUCUAUUAUCCCCAAAGGCAUCAAAAGCAGCACAUGAAGACUAAAUACAAGAGUAAGUGUUUUAACCUAAACGCCCAAACAUGAUUAAUAAAAUUCUGCUAAAAUAAGACCCCCCAGUGAAACCAAAUUCUACAAUGUUCCCCGUGAAUUUAUUUCUGACAAAAUUCAAUCAGUUUUUACUGAACAAUCAGGUGGGCGAUGCCGAAGGCAUGAGACAACUGGGCGUUUUAAACAUAGCCCUCUCGACCAAGAGACCAGUGGCGGCGCCAAGUGGGGUAUGGGGGUACC